GCAUAGGGGCACCCAUUACGUAAUACAGCGCUAUUUCUCCUCGCCGAUGACACGAAUGCCUCAGCAGCUCGCCAUCGCAUUCAGGACGACCCCAUAUCAGACUCGCCCGUUGAACGGACGGUCCUCGUCGUCGGACACAAACUCAGCUGCGCUCAUGGACGAUCGCUCGUCUCUCGACACGGACAGCGAGCGAGGCUCCACGUCGUCCCCCGCAGCCCACCCAGCCAUGAAUGGCCGCGCCCAUACUCCAGAAAAUGGAGACGACAGCGAGUCUUUGCAAAGGAAGCUCCGACAAGCAUUAGAGGAGAAGGAGAACCUGUCCACGCAAUACCAUAGCCUCCUCGCCAAACUCACUGCCAUGCGAACAUCUCUCGGUACCAAGCUUAAGCAGGAUGCCGAAGAACUCGAUCGGAGGGAACAGCAGAUUCAGCAGCUUGGAGCUCAAAAUGAGGAUCUGGUCUCAACCGUAGAGACCCUCAAAGCUGAGCUUAUUGCCUCACAUGAAGAGGCAGAGAGGACUACACGAGAACUAGAUUCUAUGCGAAGUAGGGCACUUAGCGAGAACGCACAAGAGACCAUCCAAAGGGAACGUGAGCUACGCGAGACCAUGGGUGAGCUUGAACGGUGUCGUAUCGAUAGGGACGAAUGGGAACAAGCGGCUAUGCAGGACAAGGUAGCCGCUGAUGAGGCGCGCUCGAUGGUGGAGUCCCUUCGGCGUGACUUGGAGAUAGAACACGAGGCCCGAGAUCGAGAAUUAGCACAGCUUGAAGCCGCCAAGUUGACUGCCUCCAACCUACAGUCUGUCCUGGAAGACUUUCAGAUAGCGAAAGAACAUGAGCUACAACAGGCAGUAAAAGACUACAAGUCGCGACUUGAUGAGGUCACGUUAUCACUUGCAGAGUAUAAGAGACGUGCAUUAGACGCGGAGCUUCAGUUGGAAGAGACCAAGACAAGCUCGUCGAGAACACAGGAACUAGAAAGAGAGCUAAAGGAGAAGAAUGCCAUUGUAGGGAAACUCAGACAUCAAAAUGUCAUCCUCAACGAACACCUGAUAGAGGCCCUGCGUCGACUCCGGAGAAAUUCCUCUGACACUAACGUCGACAGGCAACUUGUCACUAAUGUUCUCCUCUCUUUCCUCUCGACACCUCGCGCGGACUCAAAACGAUUCGAGAUGUUAUCUUUACUGGCAACCAUAUUAUCAUGGAGCGAUGCUGAGCGCGAAAGGGCAGGUUUACAGCGUGCGCAAAGUAAUGGCGCUAAUUCCUCGCCGUCCCUCUGGAGCCGUUCAUCCAACGUCCUUAAUUCACCGUCAAAGAGGAAAUCUAUCGAGCUCGAGAAAACGGAUGAGACAGAGUCGUUUUCCCGUUUGUGGGUCGAAUUUCUCCUCACCGAAGCCAAUCAAGGCGAGACACAGACACAUUCUGAAUCACAAACAACGCCUACGAAACCCUUCGUCCGGGCGAAUGCUUCUUCACCGGGCAGUCCUUCACAUUCAUCCUCUCAUAUUCCAGCAUCACCUUCUGCUGGGUUCAAGGGCACGAGACGACUUGCGUCAUUAACGAGCGUUGCUGCAGCAGCGAGUUCACCAAGUCUACCCUUGGGAUCUCCACCGCCCUCGAGGAAAGGGAAGGAGAAGGAAAUUGUUCCCUGAAGAUGGUGGAGUUCGCUGUUUUAUCUGACGCAUUCUAGCAGUUUUAUGGACUUCAAGUUAUAUCCUGGUUGCUGUGCCUUCAUCGUCCCUAUUAUCGGAUAUGAUUGUAAGAAUACCUAAUUCCCGAGUGCUUAUGCGAGUUCAACGUGGAUUGCCUGGAAUGGCCUCUACUGAACUCGAGAUUAGUAGAUGCCAGGUCUGCAUAGGGGUGGCCGAGCGGAAUAAUGGACAAGUCGUCACCAUGCAUCGUAAUCUGUACAUACAUUUUCUUAGGCACACGGGGAAAACGAAUAUUGACCCUUACUACUAAACCGUAGGCGAGCCACUGCUUUGGGUUUGGAAACUGUCAUUUGAAUGUCAGGACUUGAUAUGUCGGCCCGAAGGAUGGCCUCAUCGCCACGGACACAGAAAUCUUCAUGGCACACCAUGUAAUACUUUUCCAAAGAG